GCGGGCGCAUAGUGGCAGUUACGUUGUGAUCCUUGAGCGAGUAUCAAGACCAAGUGAAUUAGUAAUCGUUGCGAAGCGCCCGUUGAUAACACGUUGUUUUUGUAACUUGUGUAGCAAAGAAACGUGCCGUAUGUAAUAGAUAAAUAAUAAAUAUUGUGAUGACCAUACUGUGAUGUGGAUUUAUGUGAACUGUGAUUUAUUUGUUUUUGGAUAUUAAUUUAAUUUAUAGGUUGCAAGUACCAGGACAUCAUCAUGUUUGAGUGCUUCUUAGAAAUCGGCUUCGAAGCCGAGCUCAACACGAAGGAGGACCCGGAGUUAAUGGAGAUCGCUUACGAACAAUGCAAAGAGAAUGUAGCUACUAGGGCAACAGCCAUUACCGAACUUAGGAAAAUGAUAUUUGCACGCGGUGAAUGUCACCCCUUGAGGACGGAUGAUGAGUACCUGCUGAGAUUUCUGCGAGCCAGGGAGUUUAUUGUACCAAGAGCGCAUAAACUGAUGGUUCGAUACUGCACAUUCAGAGAGCAGAACAAGCACUUGUACGAGGGCGUUGACCUCUGGGGGCUGGUCAAAGUCAAGGACGCGUAUGAGGGAACUAUGCUGGACAGGCCAGAUACUGGGAGACUGUCAGUCUUUAGAUUCGGACGUUGGGAUCCAAACGAGUUUCCAGUAGAAGACCUGGUCCGCGCCGGGAUGGCGAUGACGGAGAUAGGACUGCGGCAGCCGAAGCUUCAGAUCCUGGCUGGAACAGUUAUCGUGGACCUUGAGGGGAUCUCGUAUCGACACGUGGCCACCUUGACUCCUACGGUUGCUUACCAAAUCGUGUGUUUAAUGGGGGUAGCAAUACCCGGUCGCAUCAAAGGCGUCCACAUCAUCAACUACUCCUGGAUUCUGAACACCUUCUUCUAUCUGUUCAAGAAGUUCAUUCCUCAGGAAGCCUGGCAGUACAUUCACUUCCAUGGCAGCGACCUCAAGUCUUUGCACAAGCAUUUGGACCUUGAGGUCUUGCCGGAGAGGUAUGGGGGUACCUACAGAGGAGUAUCCUCCUUUGGCAUCUGGUUAAACAAGAUAAAGAAGUACAGAGAUGAACAGUUUGAUCGGGAAAUGAAGCAGCUAGGUUAUGUUAUUAAAGAGUGAUUUGUGAUUUCCAAACUGAAAUAUAGGGCCUGUGAAAGAUGUAAGACGUUAUAGACAUAGAUGUGUUAUUUCACGAAAGCAGGUGAGCAGGUGAGGUUAUUUUUUGUGUAAAAUGCACAUUUAACUUUGUGAUCCUAAGCUCAAGAGAUUUCAGUAGUGGCCGAGUCAUGUGCAUUUACAUUGACGCACACAAGUGUGGCUUACCCGCUUUCGUGAAAAAAUAAAUCUAUGUAUUUUUUUUAUAUCUGACUGAAUUUUAUAUAUUGAUUAUCAAUUACAAAAUACAUAUGCGUAUUGACUAAAUGGAAUUAAAACAUUCCCAGUCAAUUGUGUAAAAUUGCAGCGAGCGUAGGUUAAGCAGAUAUGGUGCGUAAAGCCUUGACAAUAGGUAAGAAACAUAAAAACCUUAAUCAAUGUGAUAAUUGAGCUUCGUAAAAGACAUUAAGUUUAAGUAUAGCAAGGAUCUCGUUAACGCUAAUGGCUUCUAGUUUCUCGCAUCUAGUGACCAUUUUCCGAUAUCGAAACGUGAGAUUAUAGUGUACUUUAAAAUCCGAUAGGAUAGCACACGUACUUUGAAAGCCCCCAUUAUCUUGAAUGCAGUAUCGAAUGCACUUCGAAUUAAUGUUUGCUGAAGA